AUAUAUAUAUAUAUAUAUAUAUAUAUAUAUACACACACACACCUCAUUUUGUCUUAAUAGAGAAUGAUCCAUAUUAACCCAUCAUUCUUUGAUGUGGGGCUGAGAGUUGUAGUCCAUUGGGAGUGAAAUACAACUGGCCAAAGUUCUUUAUAAGAAAUAGAAUUAUGAAAAGCUUAAUACUAUUUAUACCAAAUUAUUUUGUUUCAUUCAGAUAACAAUAGCAUCUAAAUGUUUAGCUAGGGCCAAGUAUAGAAAAAGUUGGGGACCCAUAACUUGGUUCCAUAUACAUUAAUUAGCUAGGUAGGUAUGUAGGAAGUUUUUCUGAAAUAAUUUUUUACAGUACCAUGAAUACUUAAUUUCAUCAGCAAUUUAAGAAGUAUCUUGAUUUUGAAUGGCAUUUAAUGCUCCCAUGAGAUAUUAUUAUGUCAAAAUUGGUUUCCUAGAUGCAGAAUUACCUUGAAAUUAAUCAUUUUAAAGGUCCAAAUCUUUGCAUUAAGUCCCUUGUUUGAAGUUGGUUGCAUUACAGAAAUCUUGACAUUUAUACACUUGGCUUAAUCAUUUAAAUGAAUGCUGUGUCAUUAUAAAGUUGCAAUUUUUUCUUUUAAGUAUACAAACAAUAUUGAAAUAUGAAAUAUAUAUUGAACUAAAAACAGUUGUAGCAGCUUUAAUCUAGACACAAUUUUCAUAAAGUACAGUAUUAUAAUGGCUGUAGUGUUGAAUGUGAAAAAAAGAAUUUGCCUCUACAUCCGGUACCAGUAGAAUUUUUCUUAACAGGUGAGACUAAUGUGUGUUAGCUUGCAGUGAGGAAGACUUGCCUGUAGCCAAACAAUGCGGCCGAGAGCGUGUCAAAAGGAAGACAGAAGUUACAUAAAUGGCUUUCUCAGAGAAUUUGGCCUGUCAGUGCAGAUGCGACUGUACACCAUGCACAAGAGAGAGUUUGUCAUGGUGUUUAUCAUCUUCUUUGCAUCCCUUGGACUGGCACUCUUCGUAGGCCUGGCUGGGCCACCAAUCACAGCCAAGGUAGAGCAGAGAGCCUCACAGCUGACACCAGGACUCAACCAGUCACAGAUGACCACAGGGCCAUUUCUGAUGAAGUCACCACCACUAACCACCUAUGGGCAGCAGCUGUGGGUCAUCGCCAAGAUUAUGAUAGAUGUGAAAGACAAGCAAUCUUUCCGCAAGGAUUUCUACUUAAGUGUGUCUAUUGAGGGGCUGACAAGGGAGCACAAGGCAGAGACUGUCAUGUCGGCUGAUAAACCUCACAACAGGACACGCACUCUGGAAUGUGAUGAAAAGGAAUGUGGAGAGUUCACUGUGAUGCACCUUGGUUACCUUCGAUACACUCACUACAUCAUCACUGUUAACUUUUAUGGGCUCAGUGAAAUACAACAAUGGUAUAAUGUAGAAGAUGUUGUUUUCCAUUUCAAAACCUACAACCCAUCGUUUACAAAACUGGAGAUCUGGAUUCGCUUCAUAUUCCUCCUACUCACCUUUGCUGUGGCUUGCUUGCUGGCCCACAGUCUCAGGAAGUAUGCUAUUUAUGACUGGUCCAUUGAGCAAAAGUGGAUGUCAAUACUUCUGCCUUUCCUCCUGCUGUACAAUGACCCAGUAUUCCCUAUGACAUUUUUGAUGGAAUCUUGGGUUCCUGUCUUGGUAGAUGCUCUAUUCCAAGCAACAUUCCUGUGUGCUCUUCUGCUCUUUUGGCUCUGCAUAUACCAUGGACUUAGACAGAAUGAACGGUCAUUUACAUCGUUCUACCUACCGAAGUUGACCAUUGUGGGCUUGCUCUGGCUGACAGCAAUUGUAAUGGCAGCCAUGCAGAAAUACAGCGAGUUGCGUGACCCUAUGUACCUGGCAGCCAUCGAGACGAACCACUUUCAGAAAUUCAAGAUUUUUUUCUUCAUAAUUGGAUCAGUUUACAUCCUGUAUCUUGUAUAUCUGAUCAUCACAGCAUACAGUGAGCUCAGAUCAAUGCCUUAUUUUGACAUGCGACUCAAGUUUGUGACACUGUUGAUGCUAAUUGUGCUGUGUGUGAGCCUGACGAUUACAGUCUUGAGAUUUGGGGUAGGAGUUCUCGAGGACAACUUUGUGUCACAGCUCUCAACACACUAUGACUCCUCGGCCCAAUUCAUGGCAUUCUAUGGCCUCCUCAACCUCUACUUGUAUACCAUGGCGUAUGUCUAUUCUCCAUCAGAGCGGGCCUUGAUGGAAACCCACAUAAUGAAGGAUAACCCAGCCUUCAGCAUGGUGAAUGACUCUGAUGAGGAUGUUAUCUAUGGUUCUGAUGAGGACACCAGACGGCCCUUGAACAGAGGGAGCAACGACAACGAUGAGAGUGAUUAAUGUGUUCAGUUUUCAGAAGUCAAGAGUCGUAAAACUGAAUGUUUCAAAGAACGUUUGCCAUGUAGGUUGUCAAAUUAUUUUAGGGAUCACUUGAAGAUGGGAAGUGAGAGGGCAAAUUUUGAAAAUCUUGUCUUUUUGUUUGGAGCAUCUGAAUGACAUGAUUAGCAAUGUUAUGAUAUA